AUGGCUGCUCGUGAAGACUCAGGUGUCAUGCGAACAGAAUCUCCCGAUUGUAUGAAUGGUGGAUUAGAAAGCUUUUCUCAAAGUGAUCUCGUAGCUGCAACAAAAAGAGUGAAGGGAAAUAAGGAGACAGUAUCGUCAAAGAAACCGAAAGUUGAGGUACUUACCUUGAGCGAUGAUGAAUGUGAUUUGUCUCCGACGAUCUCUCAUUUAGUUACCUCUGCCUCGUUUGCAACUCAAACGAUCUCGCAACAGGAUGUUGGUAUCGAACUGUGGCGGCAGGAUUCGCGAGGUCUAUAUCUAUUAAUCGUCACCAGGAAUUCAGCUGGUCCAUCCAUCUGGUCCAUCCAUGUAACGAACACGCCAGCCCAUCUGGUCGGUGGCUUUCCUCGAGGAUGCAUUCCUUUUGAUGCCCAUCUGUCGUCUGUCCUUCUCAUUAAUGACCAGCCCAUUGAUGCUUUGCUUUAG